AGAUGGUCCACUCGUAUAAAACGGCCCGCCGGGCUGGACCAGGGGUAUCAGUUCGUCUCUAGCGUCGAUCCAGAACAGUAACAAUGAAGUCUUUCGUGUGCGUCGUGGUUCUAGUCGCUCUGGUUGGAGUUAACGCCCUGACCGAGGAGCAGCUCAAGAAAGCCGACGGAUUCGCCAAGGAGUGCCUCGAGCAGGCCACCGGACUGACCAAGGAUACCAUCGCGAAGCUGCGCGCCGGUGAUUUCACGGACGUGGACCAGACCCAGAAGUGCUUCACGCGGUGCUUCCUUGAGCGGGCCGGUUUCAUGGACGCCGAGGGUGCGCUGAUCAACGACUACGCCAUCGAGCGGCUUUCGCUGGACCGCGAGAAGAGCAAGGUCGAAGCGCUGGUCACCAAGUGCAGCCAGAAGAUGGACGACCCCUGCGAGACGGCGUUCCGGGCCUUCGAGUGCUACUUCAACGGCAAUGCGUCGCUGUUCCCUCAACAGGCGCCACCCAACCUGGAGGACAUUAGCAGGAUACCGAACGGCGAGAUGUACGCCCUGGAGUGUCUGCUAACCAGUGGCCUCCGGAUUGACUCGCUGAAGGCACUCCAAACCGGAGACAUUGCAGUCAACGGCGAUCAAGUCAAGUGUCUGGUGAAGUGCUUCUUCGAAAAAGCCGGUUUCAUGGACAGCGAGGGGAAGCUGCAGCAGGAAGUCAUCGUCCGGCAGCUAGGCCAAAUGAUGGGCCAGGACCAGGUGCAGAAGCUGGUGGAGAACUGCAACGUUCAGGGUGUGGAUGCCUGCGAUACGGCGUACAAAGCGACCGAGUGCUACUUCAAGAACAAAGCCGGUUUGUUCUAGAUCGUUAUUUUGGAAACGUGUCCUCGUGAAAAUGUGAAUCUGUACAGAAAAAAAGGGUAUAAACCAUGUGCUUGUUUUUGUUUAGCCUUGUUUGAUUGUGCAAUGAAUAAAACGGCACGCUGUAAUUAAAAA